AUGACCCAGUCCCGCGAGGUUUUGGCAAUGAUGGACGCGCACACAACCACGUUCGGUCGUAAAAGAGGCUGCACGGUGUCUCCGUGCGGUGCAUUCCUCUUGACAGCAGCUUUCCUUAUAUCCUUGGUGGUCACCGGCCUCCUGGUCUACCAUCUCGCGCCCUGCCUCGAGGAAAAGGACGCGAAGGCUUGCAAUGAUCUCAGCAACGCAGUAUUUGAGUCACGUGGAAUAUUUUCUACAGAUACUUCCAAUAAACAGAAAUUAGACGUCAGGUUACCGAGAUCCAUAGUGCCAGAUUUGUACGAGCUAAGACUGAUCCCGUUCAUCUGGGAGGGAAACUUUACCUUCAACGGUGAGGUGAAAAUCCUGGUGAACGUAACCGAGGACACUAGGAACAUAACCCUCCACGCUGUCGACAUGAUGAUCGACGUGGAUUUCACGAACAUCAAGGAGUACUCAGCAACGAGCAACAACAGCAACACGGUCAGAAUCAGGGGUCAGAAGAACGACACUGAACGACAGUUUCACGUGAUUAGAACGUCGGACACGUUGAAGAGGGGCAAACAAUACGUACUGCAUCUAAAGUUCGUUGGAUAUCUAAAAGACUACUUGCAAGGCUUCUACAGGAGCUCGUACACCAUCGAUGGUCAAACGAGAUGGAUCGCUACGACACAGUUUCAACCGACGGAUGCGCGACGUGCCUUCCCUUGCUUCGAUGAACCGGCCCUGAAGGCCAGAUUCCAGAUCAGCAUCGCUCGUCCAAGAAACAUGACUUCUAUUUCAAACAUGCCUAGAAAAGGGGAGCCUAUGCCAGUGCCUGGUUUACCAUCAUACAUGUGGGACCAUUAUGAACGUUCAGUGCCAAUGUCUACCUACUUGGUCGCCUUCAUUGUCUCGGACUUUGAAGUGUUGAAAUCCGAAUCUGGGAACUUCAGGGUUUGGGCUAGACGCGAGGCUAUCGAGCAAGCACAAUACUGCUUGAAGAUCGGGCCGAAGAUACUUGAAUACUACGAGGACUACUUCAAGAUCGAGUUCCCUCUUCCCAAGAUAGACAAUGUAGCUCUUCCGGAUUUUUCAGCUGGCGCUAUGGAAAACUGGGGUCUGAUUACCUAUAGGGAGACCGCUAUGUUGUACCAGGAAGGUGUAUCAACCAGCAGCAACCAGCAGCGAGUGGCUACCGUGGUGUCCCACGAGUUGGCCCAUCAGUGGUUUGGCAAUUUGGUGACACCAAGUUGGUGGACGGAUCUUUGGUUAAACGAAGGCUUUGCUAGUUAUGUGGAAUACAUCGGUAUGAACGCAGUGGAACCAACAUGGAAGGUUUUGGAACAGUUUGUUGUACAUGAUCUACAGAACGUGUUUGGAUUGGAUGCCUUAGAAUCUUCUCAUCCAAUAUCCAUCAAAGUUGGCCAUCCGGAUGAGAUCAGUGAAAUUUUUGACAAAAUUUCAUAUGGCAAAGGUGCUUCCAUAAUAAGAAUGAUGGAUCAUUUCCUCACAACUGAGGUUUUCAAACAGGGUUUAACAAAUUACUUAAACGCAAAGGCUUAUCAAAGUGCCGAGCAAAAUGAUCUGUGGGAUGCUCUGACCAAACAGGCCCACAAAGACAAAGUCCUCCAUUCUUCCAUAACAAUAAAGAAGAUCAUGGACACCUGGACCCUUCAGACUGGUUUCCCAGUGGUCACUGUUACCAGAAAUUAUAAUAACGGAGCAAUAACAUUGACCCAGGAACGUUUCUUACUCCGGAAUGGUACCACGAUGGUCAUAACCGACUCUGAACCCCUAUGGUGGAUCCCAAUCACUUACACCACCGAACGUCAAUUAGAUUUCAGUACAACUCGACCUUCUCAGUGGAUGAAGGCAGAGAAAUCAAUUACCCUAUCCGAUCUGGACUUGAGUCCUUCGGAAUGGCUGAUUUUUAACAUCCAAGAAACUGGAUACUACAGGGUGAACUACGACAGAGCGAACUGGCAAAUGAUAAUCAAACAGUUGAACAAAGACUCCUUUAGGAACAUCUCGACGAUCAAUAGGGCUCAGCUGAUCGACGAUGCGUUGAAUUUAGCUAGAGCUGGGAAAUUGGAUUACGCUACUGCGCUGGAUGUGACGUCGUAUUUGGCCCAUGAGACUGAGUAUCUCCCAUGGAAGGCUGCCUUCACUGCCAUGCACUACCUGGACGACAUGUUGAUCAAAAUGUCCAGCUAUGACAAAUUUCGAAUAUACGUGCUGAAGUUGCUGGACAACGUGUACAAGCAAGUUGGCUUCAAGGACAAUCCUGGAGAUCCUCAGUUGACCGUUUUCACUCGCAUCGAUGUAUUAACAUGGGCUUGCAAUUUUGGCCACGAGGAUUGUAUAAAGAACGCUGGCAAACAGUUCUACAAUUGGCGCAAUACACCUAAUCCAAACCAAAACAAUCCAAUAUCACCAAAUUUGAAGUCAGUCGUAUACUGCACAGCCAUUCGAGUUGGCGGGCAAACGGAAUGGGAUUUUGCUUGGCGAAGGUACCUGGAAACGAAUGUCGGUUCUGAGAAGGAUCUACUUCUCCAUGCUCUUGGCUGUACCCGGGAAACAUGGCUACUAAGUCGUUAUUUGGACUGGGCGAUUACGGAGAAUUCUGGGAUUAGGAAGCAGGACGUAGGCCGUGUUCUUAACUCCGUGGCGUGUAACGCCAUUGGGCAGCCACUGGCAUUCAACUUCUUUAGGGAUGAAUGGGCAAGGCUUCGAGAAUACUUUGGAACAUCCCUACUGACUAUCAACAAUAUAAUCAAAUCAGCCACGAGAGCAAUAAACACCAAAUACGAGCUCAAAGACUUAUUAGACUUCACAACCGAGCACAAACAAGAACUAGGUAGCGCAACAAGAACGAUCCAACAAGCUAUAGAACAGUCUGAAGCCAACAUCCGAUGGGUGAACGCUAGUCACAGUAUAAUCUAUGAUUGGCUAAAAAGAAACACCGCGUAACUCUGACAAAUAUUUUGCAUAAAAAUGUUGAAAGUUUGUCAGAGAAAGUUCAGAUCGACAGCGUCGACGUUUCGUCCCGAUCGAACGGGAACUGUUUAAAGCGGUCUGCUUUCGAAUUCACGAGAAAAGUAUUAAAUGUUUUUGUAUGUUUUUGUAAAUAUGCGUCGAAUGUUAAUGCACAGUCAGUUAAAAAAGUUUCUCCCCACAUUAACGUAUUGUACUCCCAUGAAGUAUCGACAGGUUUUAAUAUCAAAGUGGUGGAACCAACGUAUAAUGUGUUAACGAAAGGUAACGUUUAUCAUUGAAACAAAUCAACAAAAGAAGCAUUUAAAUAUUAAUUAAUUGAUUUAUUCAUUGUAAGAAUUUAUUUUCAACUUUGCAGUGAUUUCUGAUUAAACACUAGUCAAUUAUUAAUUGAAAUUUGUUUUUGUUUUGUUUCAAUAUAAAUUGCACAACGCUAAAUCAAAUUUAGCAGAAUGAAUGGUGACUUUUUUGGCAGACUGUACACUCGGGUGCAACCACUCGAAGGUACAGUACCGAGAAUGGAGGGCUUUUCUAGGGAAAAUAACGUUGUAGGGAAAGGAGGCCCUAGCACUUAUAAUAUUGGACAUUUCUUCAUAAUUAAUGUUAGUAUUAAUAUUUGCAGGAUUAGGAUCUUGGGAAUUAUUAUUAGUUCAUUAUAACAGUAAUAUAAAUUUAUUUAUCACUUGAAAAUUAAAAUAUCUUGCGCAAACUGAGCAUAUUGAGUGGUAGAGCCUCCUCCUUCUCCAUCGCCAUUUUUUUUUCAAUGAUCCCAUCCAUGCUCAACACUGUACAAUCGAAUAUUUAGAUAUUUAAAUAGAGUAGCUCGAUUCCAGCCAAUAUAUAUUCAAAAGCUUAUAAUUUAAGUAUUCGAAUUCAGUUUAUUGUGUCGAAUCAUCCAUGUCUUAAUGUGAUUUAUGAUUUUAACAUGGAAGAUCAAUGUUUUGUGUCUGAGAUAAUAUGUUUUCGUUGUUAACAAUGAAUAAUCGUCAAUUUUGAAUAGCUUUUGAUAAUAUUAUAACAAGUUUGAAACUCAAAA